GGUGCGCAUGCCCCUCGAGAGACUUCUAUGCUUUGAGCGAUGUUUCCAGAAUUCUCUAUGGUGUAGUAUAAAUACUAAUUCCAGGAUGGAUGGUUACAGUAAAACGAAAUCUUUACAAGACCGAGACACGCUACUGUUAACUGCAUACUGCCUACUAGAGUCAGAAUGUUUGCCAUUUCACCACGUCUGAGUGUUGACGACUUCGGUCUUUUCCGACUUGCUGAUGAGCUUUCGAACUACUGUGAUCGCUCACCUCAAGCUUUUGGAUUGAACAGAGAAUCAGAGGUAGGCACAUUUACUUUAUAAAUUUAACAUAAUAAUUAUAGAGGGUUGACAUGAAAUUUUUACUCACCUCGAGCCAUUACCUCGUGUUAUUCACAAGUAGCAAAUCAUCAACUUAUUGACUAUUUAUAAAUUUAAUACUAUUACUAUUACUAAUUACUGUACAUUUAAUUACACACGCACACACACACAGUUCUUACUAAGUUACACACAAGUACUAAACUGACCUAUACUAUACUAUGUUGGAGUUUGAUAACUUGUUUGCUGCUACAGUACAGCCCAUGAAAAUAGGUAAAAUAAUUUUAAUUGACAUGGGUGUAUAAUUGACUUAGACAAAAAGAGUUCUGGCUAAUUGUAUUGAUGAUCAAUCAUCUCGCUCAACUUUUUCAUGAAUUAAUGAAUUUAUUAGUUGUAAAAAACCCAAAAGUCAAAGCACAAAGUCAUAGAAGCAAGGGGCAGGGGUGACUGUAUUUUAUUUUUUAGCCUAAAUUAUAUUGAAUAGCCUAAAGCUGUGACUAUAGGGUCAGGGUAUACUAUAUUUAAAUUUAUAGCCUGAAUAGAAGAGACCGUAGGAGAGUUAAACCUUGUGCAUUAGAUAUUUGCCUUCAUACCCAUAGGCCCAUAGUUUUUUUUCUAAUCUUCAGUAAAAUGUUUAUGCAUGAAAGUGGGGAAACAUUCUGCACCUUCAGUUUACCACUAAUCAUCCUUACACAUCCUAAAUAUACUGAUAUAGUAGUAUACAUCUCAUUUUAUUUGUUUCAGGUUCAAAAUACUGACAAAGAAUUCAGAAUCCGCUUUGAUUUAAAACACUACAAACCAGAGGAGAUUAAAAUUACAUCUGAUAACCAGCGGCUGACGGUCCAUGCAAAACAUGAAGAGAAGCAGGACAAUCACAGCUUUGUGUCUCGUGAGAUCUGCAGAGUGUACAAGCUUCCAGAGGUAAGCAAGUUAAUAUCAGCAUGUAAUUUAAAUAAUUUUAUUCUCUCAACAAUUCUGCUUAUCAUAAUUUAUUGCUCAACGGCUCACUUGGUUAAUCCCUGGGGAUGGGUGUAUUAUUGUGUCUAUGAAACAACACAUCAGGCUGUGGACGUGCAAACAAAACAUUAAUUUUUCAAAAGUGGAAAAACCAUAGAUAGCUAUUUUUCUCAUUAGAUUUAUAAUUGAUUUCUUUGUGAUGAAGUUAUUACCAGCUUCUGAUAUUAAGAAUUUUAGAAUCAUUUUUUCUUCAUAGACAUUAAUUAGACUCAAAUGGCUCAAAUUUUUAAUGAUCAGAAAUGAAUGGCAUAAGGCAGAUGUAAAAAAUCAAGUGGCUAAAAUAAUUUAUAUGAAUAUUUUUGGAAUUGUAGAAAGAUAUAAAAGAAAAGAAAUCUAGAGAUGUGGGGCUGCUUUUGUAUUACUGCCAUUUUCAUUUAGUAAAUGUUAAACAAUUAUCAAAUUUUUCAUAACUAAACAGACUUAAACUUAAACACACAAUACAAGACCUAAAUUUUACGAUGGACAUAAAAAUGCUGUUAGGUAUGUCGCUCAACUAUUGUAAACAUUAAUUGAUUUUUCCAAAUUGAUUAAAGCAAUUUACUUCAUUUCUUAAACAACCUUUAAUUAAAAGGUUUUAUUCAUCUUAGAUUUUAGAACCUGUGUUUACCUGUCUUAAUGGCCAGUGAUCUGCCGUUUUACCCCUUUCUGUGGUAUUGCGGCCAAUAUAAUUGGUCGUUAGCAAAAUCGUCAUUAAAAAUACGAAUAGAUUUAAUGUGUAUUGUUCCAGCGGAAAUCACUCUAAAUAAAUAAGUUUGCUUCCUAUUUCCGUUACUAUCAGAGUGUUUACAAUUGUUAUUGUGGAUUUUUGUGUGGUUAAUCGGGUGUGAACUUUUCUUCAAUUUUAUGAUCGCCAUGUCGUCUGAUGUCUAGAUUUUAAAAUUAACUCAGAAUUUCUUCAUUGGAAUUAUUUAAAAUAUAAAUAAAUGAAAGAAAAGAUAUCGGAGAUAUUCUAUGUGCUAGUAUUGACAGCAUUAGGCAUUAACUCUAGUGGUGAUGUCGAUUAAAGAGUCGUAUAGUUGCAAUUUUAUCCCUAAGCUUAGUCGUAUUGUUACAAUUUUGUUUGGGAAAGGAUGGAAAUUGAACAAAGACAUUUGUUCCGAAAGAUUUACCCCAAAGAUGUGUAUUUUUGUUUAUGUUCUGUAGUAUAAUUAAUAGAGAUUAGAUUUAAUAACUCCAACUGAAAAGGAAUGUUUGAACUCAUUUUGUGCCUUCCCUCCUUGUAUUUUGUAUUACAGAAAUUUGAAGGUUAUGAAAAAAAAAAUUAACCUAAGUCACAAUUUACAAUAUAAGUAACUAUAACAAGUCAUUUUCUGAAAGGAAAUUGCUUAUAGUAUAUAAAAUGCUUGAUUUUUAUAUUUUGAGUAAUUUAUGGAGUAUUCAGGGUUGUUUGAAUUCAACAGUUGAGUACGGUAAUAAAAUUUUAAUAAAUUAUUUUCAUAUCAUAUGAUUAUCUUGUCCAAUGUACUUUCAGAAAAUCUAUGCUUGGGGGUCUCUGAAUUCAUUUAGUCUGGGAUUUUUGUCUUUUUUCACAAGCAUAUGAAAUUGCUAAAAGUGGCUUGACGCAAUAGAAAAUUGUUCUUGACAGUUAUAGGGUUAAUGGCAAAACCGGCUUCACAUUUUGACUAUUAAAAAAACAACAAAAAAACAGACUUUCCUUAAGCAUGAACUCUUUAGUUUUUAUUUUGGAUAUUUUAAGAUCGUUUCUUAAUUUAGAAAUACAUUUUUAUGGAUUUAAAACUAUUCGGUUGUCUUAUUUUUCAGGAUGUUGAUGCCAAAUCUAUUACCUCCUCACUGAAUUCGAAUGGUGUCCUCAGCAUCAAAGCCACCAAACGAGCUAUUGAAGCUCCCAAAGAAACUGCUAUCCCUGUCGAGUUUGCUAAAUAGUGUUGCAGUUUGCUUAAAUGUCACAUUCCUGUCGAGUUUGCUAAAUAGUGUUGCAGUUUGCUUAAAUGUCACAUUCCUGUCAUGAUAAGCAUCCGUUUUUUUUAUUAUCUUUUUAAUUGCAUUUAACUGUUGUUUGCAGUAUUAUGUGGUAAAUUAUUUAAAAAAAUUAAAGUUGAUGUACCAUUACAUUAUUUACAUUGUCAUUUAAUUGUUUUGUUUGGGAGCCACCCACAAGUGAAUGCUUUUUUUUUUUUGUUGCAAUUUGGGAACCCUCCCCAUUGUCACAAAUUUUUCACAAUUUAUACGCCUUUGAAUUAUAAAUCAUCAAAUUAAUCCCCUGAUCCCACUUUUCUCGCUCCCUUCUGAAUGAGUGCUGGCAUUGAUUUGCCAUUUUUACUUUGAAUUCAAAAUGCAGCAACUCAUGAGCGCAAUCAAAAUUGAUUUAAAAUUGUAUCUAAAUCUACGCUGGAUUUGUUUCAUUUUGAAAUAAAUAAAAAUUCAUAUUGAAAAUU